AUGGAUCACCUGGUGCUGCUGCUGCUGCUGCUGCUGUGGAGCUCAGGACUCCAGGCUGAAGGAAAACUCAACUCAACAGAGUCUGUCAGGUUGGUGGGACGAAAGAGUCGCUGUGCAGGAACACUGGAGCUGAAACGUGAAGGAGAAUGGAGACCAGUGGAUAUUAAAUAUUACUAUAACUCUGGCUGGACCCUGAAGACAGCAGCAGCUGCCUGCAGAGAGUUAGACUGUGGUUCUGCUGUUUCUGUAGAACAGAGAGAUGAGUCCUCAUACAGAUAUAUGUGGGGGAUCAGACCUGACUGUGUCCAUUCUGGAUCUGCUCUGAGGGACUGUGCAUCAUCAUUUUCCUCUCGGUCUAUCCUGGGUCUCGUCUGUUCAGACUCUGUCAGGCUGGUGAAUGGGACCAGUCUGUGCUCAGGCAGACUGGAGCUGAAGUCUGACCAGUCUAACCAGAGCUGGUCCUCAGUGUGUGAAGCUGACUUUGACCAGCAGGAUGCAGAGGUGGUCUGCAGGGAGCUUGGCUGUGGGGCUCCUUCAGUCCUCCAGGGGGCGCUCUAUGGAGAAGGGGAGGCUCCAAUGUGGUCGAAAGAGUUCCAGUGUGGAGGAAAUGAGUCUACUCUCCUGGACUGUAGAAGCUCAGGCUCAGAUAGAAACACCUGCUCACCUGGCAGAGCUGUUGGACUCACCUGCUCAGAGCCUGUCAGGUUGGUGGGAGGAGACAGUCGCUGUGCAGGAACACUGGAGCUGAAACAUGGAGGAGUAUGGAGACCAGUGGGUGGCUAUGACUCUGCCUGGACCCUGAAGGAAGCAGCAGCUGCCUGCAGAGAGUUAGACUGUGGUUCUGCUGUUUCUCUAGAAGAGAGAGCUGAGUCCUCAGACAGAUCUAUGUGGAGCAUCAUACCUGACUGUGACCUGUCUGGAUCUGCUCUGAGGGACUGUGCAUAUUCAUAUUCCUCUCAGUCUAUCCUGAAUCUCACCUGUUCAGACUCUGUCAGGCUGGUGAAUGGGACCCGUCUGUGCUCAGGCAGACUGGAGCUGAAGUCUGACCAGUCUAACCAGAGCUGGUCCUCAGUGUGUGAAGCUGACUUUGACCAGCAGGAUGCAGAGGUGGUCUGCAGGGAGCUUGGCUGUGGGGCUCCUUCAGUCCUCCAGGGGGCACUCUAUGGAGAAGGGGAGGCUCCAAUGUGGACAAAAGAGUUCCAGUGUGGAGGAAAUGAGUCUGCUCUCCUGGACUGUAGAAGCUCAGGCUCAGAUAGAAACACCUGCUCACCUGGCAGAGCUGUUGGACUCACCUGCUCAGAGCCUGUCAGGUUGGUGGGAGGAGACAGUCGCUGUGCAGGAACACUGGAGCUGAAACAUGAAGGAGAAUGGAGACCAGUGAAUGAUUACUCUGGCUGGACCCUGAAGACAGCAGCAGCUGCCUGCAGAGAGUUAGACUGUGGUUUUGCUGUUUCUGUAGAAUGGAUAGAGGAGUCCUCACGCAGAUCUGUGUGGUGGAUCAGACCUGACUGUGUCCAUUCUGGAUCUGCUCUGAGGGAGUGUGCAUCUUCAGAUUCCUCUGAGUUAAUCCCGGGUCUCACCUGUUCAGACUCUGUCAGGUUGGUGGAUGGGACCAGUCUGUGCUCAGGCAGACUGGAGCUGAAGUCUGACCAGUCGAACCAGAGCUGGUCCUCAGUGUGUGAAGCUGACUUUGACCAGCAGGAUGCAGAGGUGGUCUGCAGGGAGCUUGGCUGUGGGGCUCCUUCAGUCCUCCAGGGGGCGCUCUAUGGAGAAGGGGAGGCUCCAAUGUGGACCAAAGAGUUCCAGUGUGGAGGAAAUGAGUCUGCUCUCCUGGACUGUAGAAGCUCAGGCUCAGAUAGAAACACCUGCUCACCUGGCAGAGCUGUUGGACUCACCUGCUCAGAGCCUGUCAGGUUGGUGGGAGGAGACAGUCGCUGUGCAGGAACACUGGAGCUGAAACAUGAAGGAGAAUGGAGACCAGUGGGUGAUCAUCAUUACCCUGACUGGACCCUGAAGACAGCAGCAGCUGCCUGCAGAGACUUAGACUGUGGUUCUGCUGUUUCUCUAGAACGGAAAGAGGAGUCCUCAGACAGAGCUAUGUGGAGGAUCAGAUCUGACUGUCUCCAGUCUGGAUCUGCUCUGAGGGACUGUGCAUCUUCAUUUUUCUUUCCGUUUAUCCUGGAUCUCGUCUGUUCAGACCUGCUGCUUCAGCCAAACAUCUCCUGGUCCUCCUCCAUGGACGGGGUCUCUGAGGCCCAGCAGCAGCAGCAUCAGGAGGAGUUUCGGGUUUUCAAAGGCUCCACCUUCACCAUCAGCUGCUCCAUCCAGCCUCAGUACCCAGGAGGCUCCUUCCAGCUCUCCUUCACCUCCUCCACCUCAGCAAUCAACUACACCCAGCCAGCUGUCAAUCACUCUGCUGACUUCCUGUUUCCUGCUGCAGAGCCGGCCCACCAAGGAAGCUACAGCUGUGUUUAUCACGUCCAUGUUUUCUCUCAUAACUUCUCCUCUGAGAGCCGUCAGCUCUCUGUCUCUUUUGUAGGUGUUAGGGAUUAAUAAAAAAUAGCAAUCACAUUAUGACUUUUAGCAAGAAUGCUGCUAAGAAAAGUAUUUGGCUAAGUAUAAAACACAUUUGUAUGCCAGGCACAGCACACAGAAAUAAGGAGUAUCAAAAGAAAAGACAUACUGAUAAUGCUUUGCACAUCGCCACAUAAUUUGAGGGCAAGCAGAUAAAAAACUGAAGCUCUCUUUGUGCUCCAAUUCAAGGCCACGGGCCCAGGUGGAGAUAGAUGCUGACGAACGCUAGACAAGAUACAGUAGUGUGCUGUUAGCUUUUUCCCUUCCACAGGGUGGUGACCUGAAGCUGAAGCACCAAGAGGCUAGGACUAGCCUGCAUGCCAACGUAAUGGGCGGGCCGAGUCUAAACCAUGGUGAUGCCCCAACAGUUUUGACCAAUCUGAUAGUCGCACAUUCAUAUUAAAAAAACUCUGUGAAAAAGUAAGUUAGGCAUCCUUUUCUUGAAAGGAAUUUAGUUGAUGUUGUAAUUGAGGAUUUUUAUAAUUUCAUAGAAUUUCAAUUUCAUUACUUUUUUUUGUAGUUUGGGAGUUCUGCAUGUUUUUGUAAUUCAUAUUUUGCUUUUCUCAUAAGAAUUUUGUGUACUAUUUUACUUUAUUAAUUGCAUUUAAUUAAUUGUGUUUUUUUGUGUUGUACUUCAGGACAUUGUAUCAUUUUAAUAUAAUGGGUUUGUUUUUUUAGGAUAAAGGUUUUUACUUUUUUUCAUUUUAACGUUCAUCAUUUUUUGUACGUCAGGAAUUUAAUUACUUAUGUGAAUAAGACAUGGAAUUUUAUCAUUUAAUUGGAAUUUGAGUUAUUUUUGGCUUCAUGAAUUUACAAAUUCUAUUUCAAAAUUCACAACAUUUUCUACUUUGUAGUUGAUGAAGAGAUUUGAGUGGAAGCCAGUGGAGUUAGGGUUUUUGAGAUGAUGAGCAGCAGAGUUUUGGAUCAUUUGAAGUUGAUGGAGGAGCUUGUGAGGGAGACCAAAGAGGAGAGAGUUGCAGUAAUCAAUGUGGGAGGUGACAAGACUAUGGACAAGCAUGGAAGUAGUGUUGGUUGAGGGAAGGGAGGAGACAGUUGAUGCUGCGGAGGUGGAAAUAAGCAGACCGGGUGAUGUUAAUAGGCAAGUUUUCAUUCAGUACUUUACCCUCUAGUGAGCCGCUAUGGGUGUGGCUUGGGAGAGAGGAUCCACCCAAGAUCCACCCAACUUCACCGGUUAGCAGCUCAGCUAGCGGCUCAGAAAGUACCGGCCUCGGUUAGCUACUUUAUGAGCUCUGAGGGUUAACAUCUCCUGCUCUGACUGCAGCUGGGAGAGACUGCUGCAGGAGGACUGGGCCGCUUGUGACUGCUUUGGGACGGACAUACUCAUUAAGAAUAGUAGGAACAAGUCUCCAAAAGUCUCCAAUAACACCAGAAAAAGUCGCUAGAUUUGUCUCUAGUCGCUCUUUAGAAAAAGAGUCUCUAGAGGGUCUGAAUAGUCUGAAUAGUAGAGACAAAGAGUCUCUAGAGGGUCUGAAUAGUCUAAAUAUAGAGACAAAGAGUCUCUAGAGGGUCUGAAUAGUAGAGACAAAGAGUCUCUAGAGGGUCUGAAUAGUCUAAAUAUAGAGACAAAGAGUCUCUAGAGGGUCUGAAUAGUCUAAAUAUAGAGACAAAGAGUCUCUAGAGGGUCUGAAUAGUCUAAAUAUAGAGACAAAGAGUCUCCAGAGAGUCUAAAUAGUCUAAAUCAUAGACUGUAUAUAAAUAAUGGACGUAGUCACCAUGACGUCACCCAUUGGUUUGUGGACUGCCCGUUGGAAGCUUCGAGUUCAGCGUUACACUCGUCGCCAUCUUGCGUCGCCAUCAUGUUUCCGAUACGCGGAGCAGACCAUAAUUGGACUGUGGCGGAGCGCGAGGGAUCUGACGACACUGACUACAGCCUCUCUACACCGGCAACCCGACUGAGAGAAGCCGCUGCUAAUUCAUGUUAGCAUUAACUGGAGCAUUAACUGGGAUGUUAGUUUUGGCUAGCAAAAAAACAAAAACAAAAUGUAUCUUUCUUACCUCAGAAAACUGAGCAGCGACUCCUUGGAAUGUCUGUUAGUCAAACCAAACACUGAACAAGACAUUUAAUGAACAAAACGUUCAAAUAAACUGUCAUUAAGUGAAAAUACAGUGAAAGGGUCAAAGUUAUGAGACCAAACCGCUAAACGUCCUCUUUUCUAUCUAUAUAACGUUAUAUGUAACUUUAUUGACACGUUGCCGUGGAUACGCUCUGCUUCUCUCCUGGUGACGGCUCGCCUUGUCAGUGACCUGUCAAUCAAAGCUAGAAACGCCCCAAAUCAUACGAUUCUUUAUCUUCUAUUUUCUUCUAAAUGGGGCCAUUAUUAGAACUAUUGACAUCAAAUUGUCUUGGAGAAGAUUUUUUACUAGCGAUUGAGACCAUAAUGUUGUCCCUGAAAAUUUUUUCUGAGGUAAUAAAUCAAGUGAGAAGUUUUCAAAUUUAGCACUGAAAUGAAUGGGCAGAUUUCUUUUGCAGCCAAACUUAGCGCCCCCUACUGGAAUUUUCGGUGAAUUGCAGGCUUAAUGUACUUCCUGGUGGCUUCCAUGCUCAGACACGGAGAUUGCCGCCUGGUCUAAAUAUAGAGACAAAGAGUCUCUAGAGGGUCUGAAUAGUCUAAAUAUAGAGACAAAGAGUCUCUAGAGGGUCUGAAUAGUCUAAAUAUAGAGACAAAGAGUCUCCAGAGGGUCUGAAUAGUCUAAAUAUAGAGACAAAGAGUCUCUAGAGGGUCUGAAUAGUCUAAAUAUAGAGACAAAGAGUCUCUAGAGGGUCUGAAUAGUCUAAAUAUAGAGAAAAAGAGUCUCCAGAGGGUCUGAAUAGUCUAAAUAUAGAGACAGAGAGUCUCUAGAGGGUCUGAAUAGUCUAAAUAUAGAGACAAAGAGUCUCUAGAGGGUCUGAUUGUCUGUUGUCACAUUAAGUCCCUUGGUUAGCUACUAAAGUACCUGUAUGGGAACAGAGGCCGAGGGGAACGAACUAGUGGGCGGAGCCUCUUUCCAAAGAGUUCUCAGAAAGUACUGAGUGGAAACAGGCCUAUUGAUGUGAGAGUAGAAAGAUAGGGUGCUGUCGAGGAUGACACCCAGACUCUGAACCUGAGGGGAGAGGGAAACUGAACAGCUGUCCAUUUGGAGGGAGGAACUGUCAACUUUGGAAAUAUUCGAUUUGGCGCCAACAGGGAGGAUUUCAAUUAAUUUAUUUAAAUUUGGAAUUGAGGAAUUUUAUGAUUUCAAAAGAAUUUGACUCAUUUUUGUAUUUUAUGAGAAUUUUACUUCAUUUUAUACUUAAGAUUUUGCUUAUUUCAGAGGAACUUUGCCUAUUUUUGUACUUUAAUAAUUGAAUUAUUUUGGAAUUUAGCAUUUAAAAUUGUACUUCAUGAUUUUCUAUGUUUUUUAACAUUUGCUUGUUAUUAAGGAUUUUGCUUAUUUUAUUAUAAAUGUGACUCUUUUUGUACAGACAUUUACUUUUGUGAUUAGAGAAUUGGAAUUUUAUCAUUUCAUGAGAGUUUGAGUUAUUUUUGUACUUUGGCAAUUUAAUAAAUUCUUUGAAAAAGAUAUUUUUAUUUAAUAAGAAUUUAAAUUCAUCUUGUUCUCAGGAUUUUUUAUAUGAAGGAUUUUGCUUUUUUCAUUAAAACUUUGCCUAUUUUUUUUACUUCAGGAAUUUACUUUUUUUUUAAUUCUUAAGAAUUUUACUAAAUGAUGCGUUGAGGAUUUUGCUUUCAUAUACCAUAGAACAUUAUUGUUGCUUCAUAUUUUAAUGAAUAGUUUUGAUGCCUUUUGUACUUAAAGGAUUUAGAGACAAAAUGUCGUCAUAAGUUGUUUGUUUGCUGGAAGCUUGGAUACACAGAGAGAUGAAAUGAUGAAGAUCACUGUAAUAAAUGUAUCAGCAGCAUCGACUAUGUACAAACAACAUGAAUCACUUUAAUAAAAAGAUGAUUUCAUGUGCUUGUGAAGAAUCUGUUGUAUUGUU